AUGAAACUCUUAGUGACGCUACUUGGGGUUGUUGUCACUCGAGUAACAGCUGCUCUAGCGCAAGCGAUAUGGCCUCUAUUGUGCGAGAAUGGUCCCAACACCAGAGGCUGCUGGGGGAAUUACUCCAUAGACACCAACUUCUACGAGCAGAUACCAUUCACCGGCGUCACCAGAGAGUACUGGUUCGUGGUGGAAAACAUUACUAUGGCGCCAGAUGGCUAUUUGCAGAACGUCAUUGCCAUCAACAGAUCCAUCCCAGGCCCUACCAUCGAAGCUGAUUGGGGAGACAAAGUGGUCGUCCAUGUGACCAAUAUGCUCGAGGCAAAUGGGACUAGCAUUCACUGGCAUGGAAUUCGACAAAAAAACAAUAACCUGAUGGAUGGCACCCCUGGUGUCACCCAGUGUCCCAUCCCACCAGGGAAGACUUUCACAUAUGAAUGGAGAGCAGAGCAAUAUGGGACGGCAUCUGUCCAGACUUGGUACCAUUCUCAUUUCAGCAUGCAGUACUCUGUCGGGUUACAAGGACCCAUCAUCAUCCAUGGGCCCGCGACUGCCAAUUACGAGGAAGACCUGGGUACUGUCAUCCUCCAGGACUGGUCCCAUGUGUCCCCAUUUACCAUGUGGUGGUAUGCGCGGCUUCCCACCGGCCCGCCAUCCCUGGCCAGUGCUUUAAUCAACGGGAAAAAUGUAUUUGACUGUACAGGGUCCAAAGAUCCAAACUGUCUUGGGAAUGGGACACGAUCAGAGUGGCAUUUCGAGCAGGGUAAAACAUACCGGAUCCGGAUCAUCAACACGGGCUUGUACUCUAAUUUCCGAUUCGCGAUCGAUGGGCAUAAUCUCACCGUCAUUGCCAACGAUUUGGUCCCGAUCAUUCCCUACGUGACUGACAAUGCAUGUGUCCACUGCGUCCUAUUCUUUCAGGUUGUGAUAUCGAUGGGUCAGCGAUAUGACAUCGUUGUCCAGGCCACUGCACCGCCCGGCAAUUAUUGGCUUCGGGCAAUCUGGCAAACUUCAUGCUGCCCGAAUGACUAUGCCAAUAACACGCUGGGGAUCAUACGGUACGACAAUACGUCGGCCAUUCUUCCGACGACAUCGAACCCCGCCCUUUACUAUCUAGACAAUUGCGGCGACGAGCCUCUCGAGAGACUCGUCCCUCAUCUACCGCUAAAUGUCGGCCCUCCCGCGAGGACCGAUGUUUUCAACCUAUACGAAGUCACCUUGCCACUUCCUAAGGGAUUCCUUUGGACGCUCAACAACACAUACUUGUGGACAAACUAUUCGCAGCCGACAAACCGGAUGCUGGCGGAGCACAACAGCAGUUUCCCGGCCGAAUAUCAUGUCUACCGAACUCCCGACACUCCCGACAGCUGGGUGUAUCUCGUCUUCAAUGACAUCUCCGGGCGCAACCGUUCGCACCCAAUGCACCUGCAUGGACACGACUUUUUCGUGCUCGCCACGGGGAAUGGCAGCUUUAUUCCAGGGCAAUCAAUUCUUCAGCGGACGAACCCGCCGCGGCGAGACACCGCGACAUGGGCGAAACGCGGGUAUCUUGUCCUAGCGUUCAAGACAGACAAUCCGGGUUCAUGGCUUAUGCAUUGCCAUAUUGUCUGGCACUCAAGUCAGUCGCUCGGCCUCCAAAUGCUCGAGCGGCCGGGCGAUCUCGCGUUAAAGCGAGAUGAAUUCGAUGCGAUGGAGAGCAUGUGCAAUGCCUGGGAUGCAUACUGGAACCGAGGUGGAAAUUACGUGCAAGAAGACGCCGGAAUUUGA